GAUGUCGACCCCGCUGCGGGGACCAGCUCCGGGCGGGACCCUUGUGUUUCUCGCCCAGUCGUCCCGCACCUGCAGCCCUCUGCACCCAUGAAGCCCCCGCUGAUGAAGCCCCGAGCUGCCAGAGUGAGGCGGAAAGUGGCCGGAGACAGAAAGCAUGUACUGGCGCGUCGGGUUUGCCUGGACGCGGUCGUUUGUGGUUGAUCUUGGCCAAAACCAGAGCUUCUCCUCCGGCCUGCUGGGCUCCGAUGAGCAGCUCUCGUUGUAUGGGUACAUCAUCGCCUACCCACUGCAGGACUACGGCGGGAUAAUGUCAGCUUUGGGCUCGGACUCGUGGUGGCGAAAGACGCUGUAUUUGACUGGAGGGGCUCUGCUCGCUGCCGCUGCUUAUUUGCUGCACGAAUUGCUGGCCAUCAGAAAGGAGGAAGAGCUGGACUCUAAAGAUGCCAUCAUACUCCACCAGUUCUCCAGGCCCAAAACUGGCGUCCCGUCCCUGUCCCCUUUCUGCCUUAAGAUGGAGACCUACCUUCGUAUGGUGGACCUGCCCUACCAGAACUACUUUGAUGGGAAGCUUUCACCACAGGGAAAGAUGCCGUGGAUUGAAUACAACCAGGAGCAGGUGUCCGGUACCGAAUUCAUUAUCGAUUUCCUGGAGGAGAGGCUGGGCGCAAGCCUCAACAAGAGCCUGACGCCGCAGGAGAAGGCCAUUUCUCGUGCCAUCACCAAAAUGGUGGAGGAGCAUUUCUACUGGACCAUAGCUUACUGUCAGUGGGUGGACAAUCUGGAGGAGACCCAGAAGAUGCUGUCAGUGAGCGGGCCGCUGAGUGACCUGCUCAGGUGGAUCCUGAGUCACUUGACCGGCGGGAUCGUCAAGAGGGAGAUGUACGGGCACGGCAUCGGGCGGUUCUCUGAGGAGGAGGUUUAUGCCCUGAUGGAGAAGGACAUGCGCACCCUGGCCACUCUCCUAGGUGAUAAGAAGUAUCUUAUGGGCUCUAAGCUUUCAACAGUAGACGCUGCAGUGUUCAGUCACCUGGCCCCUGCUAUGUGGACGCUACCAGGAACACGGCCGGAGCAGCUGAUCAAAGGGGAGCUGAUCAACCUGGCCAUGUACUGCGAGCGCAUCCGCCGGCGAUUCUGGCCCGAGUGGUUCGUGGACCUGGAGGACUUCUGCUACAGCAACACCACAGAGGGCAGCGACUCGCAGUCCAAACUCCCCGAUCUGGGCCUCUACUCCCGCACGGACACUUUCCAGGACGAUACACACACGCACACUUCACACACUGGCACACCAAAGGACCCUCUGUCACCCGACAGCGACCAAACAGGCCACUCGCUGUAUGACUCUGACAUGGACACGGAGUGCUCUGAAAUCGACAAGUGUUGACAAAACAUACACGUGUAGUACACACCACAUACACGCACACAACAUGAGGGAGCUGCAUC